CAUUUGUCAUCUGUGUGUUAAUUUCAUUUGUGUCGUUCGAUUUUGACAUUUGUUGAUAAUUUAAAAAUUUUAAAUAUCAAAUUAUUUAUUAUUUGAUUUCAUUGCAGAAUAUAAUAAAUGCUUGAUAUAAAUUAAAAUGGCAAAAUACCAAGGGAAGGUCUAUUUAGGUUAUGAGGAAGAAAUAAUUGUAGACAAAGAUCAAACCCAGAUAAAUUAUACGAUCAAUAAAAUUGGCGGACUACCUGAUUGGCCUCCGUUAAAUGAUAUAAAAUUUUCAACCAAAUGUCCUCUAUGCAGCUUACAUAGGUUGUUGGUAGUGCAGUGCUAUGCACCUCUAGAAGGUUCUGUAUAUCAUCGCACUCUGUAUGUCUUUGCCUGCAUUAAUCCAACCUGCUGGACUCAAUCUGAAAGUUGGACGUGUGUAAGAAGUCAAAUAAAAGAUGAGCCAACCAAAACAAGUGCUGUUGUCAGCAUACCUAGCUCGGAGACUAACUUGAGCUGGUGCAAAGGAUCAGAUGAAUGGGAUGAAAAUGACAAUGCAGAUACCACCAAUGGCAAUGUCAUGCUUGUCGACAAUAGCCCUCUUAAUGGUGUACAAAGGAACUCUGAUGAGGAAGAUGAAAGCAAUUCAUAUGACUUGGAGACAGUAGAGCAAGCUUUGGGAAACUUACAAGUUGAUGCACAUAAUGCAAACUUGUCACCAGUACAGGGAGCAGUGGGUGCAAUCGGCGCCCCCGUGGCGGUCGCUGAACUGGAGGGGGGCGACGAGUCGGGGCUGGUCAUAGUGGAGACACCCACUGCACCAACAAAUAACAUGGAGAUACUGUUUAGCCAAAUUACAGAAUUGCCACCCGACAUACGAACUUACCUUCUGUCUGCGCCGCUCCAGUUUAUUCCCAAAUACAUUUAUGUGGAAGAAGAAUGGGACAAAUGUUAUGCUGACAACGACAAAGUGACUGAACUACUCAAUAAAUACAAGAGAGACAAUGAAAUGGAAGUGGGCAGCGUGGCGGAGCGGGUGUCGGCGGGUGCGGGGGGCGCGGGGGGCUGCGACGACGAGGCUUACGAGGACGCGCCGCCGCCGCAUGGCGACCGGCUGUUCCACGCCUUUCUCACGCGCCUGCACCAGAACCCCACACAGAUACUGCGAUAUUCCCGCGAUUCACCACCAUUGCUGGGCGCGCCGCUGCCCGCGACCGAGAGCAGUGCGAGCGCGUGCAAGCGCUGCGGCGCGCGGCUCACGUGCGAGCUUCAACUACUGCCACGCUACGCUGAUACGCUUCGCGUACGCCGCAGCCAAGCGCCGCUGCCGCAUCUACACUUCCUCUCCGUGCUCGCCUUCACGUGCUCGCAGAGCUGCUGGCAACCAAACGACAGGCUGGUGGAGGAAACUGUGCUCUUCCAACCAGAGGUCGUAUAAACAAGACCCACAGAGUGUUCAUAACCAAUAACUACCGCGUUUAUUCUCUUACAUUCGAUGGCAUUUAAGAUCAUGACCUUGAUACACUGUGCUAGUUUCACCGUCUGUAAGCCGCCCCAACAUUUAUUAGUCCAAUACAAGAAACCCCUUAACAAUAUUAAAAACGCUAAUUCUCAUGCUAGCGGAAAAAAAAAAUUAAACAUCCUGUUUAAUUCUGCUUCGUAAGUAUGAAGUCAUUGGACUUUGGCCUAGGUUAGGCUAGAAGUGAAUGACCUCAAAGGGCCGCAUAGCGGCAUGGCGGCGAAUAAGUAGUAUGAAAAUACAGGAGGAUUUAAAAUAAUCUAUUUUUGAAAGUUUGUUACCAUCGUAACUCCUUGAAUUGUACUUUGUUUUUUUUUAUAAUAACAUGGGCCUCAUCAGGCGAUGAUUCUGCGCACCCCUGGCGACGCCGCUGAGGUCCCAUAAAAAAGCCUACGGCAUUUACACAAUUUUCAUAACCAAUACCAAAUGCCUACCACGCAAUACGGUCAAAUAGGUCAAAUAUAUCUUCCUAAUGUUAAUAUUUAUGUACGCAAAGUUGCUAUGAGCCUACCGACAGGCUGCUCGACGGAACUUUGCUUUUUCAAAUCAGUGAUUAUAUGAACACAAUAUACAUGGUGCCCCUAAUGAAUGACUACCAUUUACGCCAAAAAAAAAUGUAUGUGGAAAUGGUAGAUUGUAGGCAAGACAUUCAUACAAGCAAUGUCAAAAAACUCAUGACAUGAUUUAUGUCAUUAAAAAAACCUUCGGCUGUUAUUGGUUUGAACACUAUACUCUGUCAAUUUUACUAAUAAAUUAUGGUUGUCCAUAUUACUCUUCAGAUGUUACUCUCCAGGAGCCAAAUUUUAAUUAGUCACGUCUAGCAUUUAUUGUUUUAAUUACCCUUUAAGGUAUUUAAUAGACAAUGGUAUCAUUGCUGAUACACAUCAGCAAUGAUACCAUUGAUCAUGAUAUACAAUAAAUAACAUUUGGAUUUUUCGCGAAAAUCUUUAUCAAAAUCAAUAUGGCAAUAACACCCACAAUUGUCAUACUAAUAACUGUACUGUUUUUCUUCGAAACCUACGUGUGUUUAGAAAAGACCGCCGUCAUCUAUGUAAUUAAUAAUAUUUGGAUGUUUUUCUUGGCAACUCACACAAUAUAUAAUUUUUUUAAUAUUAUUGAUUUAAAAUACUUUUCAUCCAAUAAAAAAAGGGUCAACCAGAACGGUUUGAAUGUCCACUCGAUUUAAUUGACAUUGUCCGUUUGACCCAACAAUACUUUAGGCUAGUUUAAAAUGUAAUUUUAACUCAAUAUAUUAUGAAUACUCUGAUGUCUGAGAAAGGUAUUGACAGCUGGGUGGUCAAAUAUUUGGAUCUGGUUAAUGUUUUUCAAAACUUUUGAGGGAAGGAUUUCUAACGAAGUUUUUGGAAGUUAGGUCUUUUUGAGAAUUAUAAAUUUUUGUUUCUCACGCUAUUGGUAAAGAGUAAUCUAGUCUAGAUUUAUUAUAAUUAUGGAUUAAUAGAUUGAUUUAAAACGAAUGCUAGAAAUUUAUAAACCUUGUGCUAGUGCUAGUUCUGUCACAGAUAUCUACAGACUCGCAAAAUACUUAAUUUUUCUAAAUUAUAUUUCUGUAUUAUGUAAAUCCUUUUUAUUAAUUUAGUGCUUUGUGGAAAGGUAUAUACUACUAUAGCUGAAAAUAAUAGCACUAUGUGCUUUUAUUUCAUAAAAAUUGCAAGAAUGUGGUAGCUACUUUAAAAGAUUUCUCAGUUUAUUUUAGUUAUUUGUGCUGAACUAACACUAGAAGGGCUCUGACAUAUUAUUAUCAAAUUAUUUUGAGAAAAUAUUAUCAUGUUCAUAUGAUUAUUUUUGUUAUUUGUAUUUGUAAAGUUCGAGUAUUCAAAAAGCUGUUGAAUAUCAAACUUUACAUACAUGACAAAUAAUAAUUUAUAAAUAAAUUUAGUUAUUGCUUUUAUUCUAUAAGAAUAUUGUGUUUUUAAAUAUAUUUUUUAUUUAUUUAGUCAUAGUGUAAUAUAACUAUUGUAAUAUAAGAAUGGUAGUGAAUUAAUACGUCCUUCACGUUUAAGCCUUAUAUUCAAAUAGUAUGUUAAAAGUUAAGGCUUGAAAUUUUCUUUGUUUUUAAAACUUCACUGUUAUUUGGAUCUUCAUCCAUUGGAAAAAAUCUUGUCAAUCAUAGAAUAUUAGUCAGUUUCAUAAAGUUUCCGAACAUUAAUUCUAAGAUUAGUUAUUUAUUUAAUAAAAAUGUCCUUAAAAACUAACAUUUUAGUAUUUGGCCAUUAGAAUAUUGCAAUUGCUUAUUCUUGUUAAGAAGUUAAUAUGGAGGCACUUAAUAUAUUUUCAUUAACAUCAUAACACGGUAACUUUCCAUAUACCUUUAUUGAAUACUAAAAAAAAUGCCCUUCCUCACAACACAGGUUAGACAAAAGCCCCUUGUUGUAUUGUAUAUGAAGACAAAAUAAAUCUUAUUGUUGGUAACAAUAUUAUAAACUAACCACAUUCAUAUGGUUUAUAUAUUAAUUUAAACAAACUGUUAAAAUACAUAUCGAUAUUUUGGCAUGGGCAGAAAGAUGUGGCAUAAAUAGUGUAAAAAAUAAUGUUUUUCUUUUGUUUUAAUAUGGUUCCUCAUACCUACAUUAGCAAGUCAUCAAGUAAAUUUUUUUAUCAAAUAAUUUUGCCCUAAUAUGGUGAAAAUGGUCAAAUAUUUGACUAUCGUCCGACGUUGGAACGUUGGCAGUCCCCAGUCAAGUCAUAUCAUGCUUUAGUAAGGCGAAGACAACCUUACUAAAACUUUUGAUGGAGUCCACCGAAAAAAUCGAAUUAAUCACUUGGUUCUUGUUCAACCUCCAUUUCGUUUGUGCACCUUUACAAAAUAACUAGUAUAUCGAAAAAAUGCAGAAAAUCAUUGAAAAUAAAACGAUUUUCCCGCCAUACUCCUAAUAAGGACUUUCGGAUUUAUAAUUAUCUGGCUUAACCAUAGAGCAAGGUUAUUAUAAUAUUAGAGCCUUUGGGUCAAAAAAAGGCUAAUACUAAAAAAAAAAACAAAAAAAAAACAAAAAUACCAAAUAUUGUUUUGCAAAAAAAAAACUAAUCAUAAUCUAACAAGAGAGAUUUCCUGUCCGUGCUAAAAUUUUGAUAUGUACCUAUUAAAAAAUGUAUUUAGAAUACCUCAGUUACUUCAUCGAUUUUAACUCUUAGAGUUUGUUGUAUUUAUAAGUUACAACGAUUUUUAUUGUAAUUAUUUUGCGCAUAUUAUGCCCGUUUCGACUGUGAUGUAAGUGUACUACGUUUUUGUUGUUAUUAUUAAGGUAAAUAAGGUGUAAUUAAUACUAAUAGAAUUAACGUUUUGGUAGAUACGAGUAGUUAUUAGUUUGCAGGGAAUAGAUCUAUGAUGAGAUACUUAGGACUAAGAUGCGUGCCAAAAGAUAAAGCGAUAAUUUUGACUUUGUACAUAUCGCGAGAGCCGUUAGCUCAGUGGAUAUGACCUUUGCCUCCGAUUCUGGAGGGUGUAGGAUUCCGGAUUCGACUUUUCAGUUGUGUGCAUUUUAAGAAGUUAAAUAUCACGUGUCUCAAACGGUGAAGGAAAACAUCUUGAGGAUACCUGCACACCAGAGAAUUUUCUUAAUUUUCUGCGUGUGUGUACUCUGCCAAUCCGCAUUGGGCCAGAGUGGUGGACUAUUGGCCUAACCCCUCUCUUUCUGAGAGGAAAUUCGAGAUCAGCAGUGAGCCGAAUAUGGGUUGAUAAUGAUCAACCCAUAUCGCGAUCUCUUUCUUUGCAAUACGACGAAAGAGAGUAAAUAUGUAGUCAAAAUUGUCGUGAAAAUGUAGCAGCGACAUCGAAACCAUCGCUCGAUAUUUCGUUGCGUUGAGACAAAAGAGAAAGAGAGUUGAGAUAUUAACGCUAUUCGUCGACAUUAUAGGGUAGUCAACUCAUAUUUAAUAUAAAUAUCGUAUAGUACCUACAUGGAAUAAGGGUCCGAUAAAUAUCGAUAUUAAUUAAUAUAAGUUUAGGAUUUAUUAUAAAACUUCAUUUAAAGAUUAUGUAUUUUUAAAUUUUCCAAACGUCAAAAAUGCUGUCGUCCAUUUCGUGACGUCACAAUGUUACUUGUUAUCCAAGAAAUAAACGAGAUAUGAGAUAAUGUCGAGAUAUUUCCCAUACAAACGUUCAAGAGUCAAGGGAUAGAGUAGGGUAGGGAGGGGUAGGGUAGAGUAGUGUAGAGUAGGGAUAGAGAAGAAUUGCACAUAAGUCAAAGCGAAGCUUAACCGGGUCCGCUUGUAACUAAUAAUUUUGUCAGGCAUUAUACUCUUUGGUUAAGGUUGAGUGUCCACGUGACGUCAUGAAACAGAAAAUAUAGAUCAUCGUGGCUGAUAGCGUUUUGACUCGUACUUAAAAAUUAUUUAAUAAUAAUCAAAAAAAUAUUUAAAAAUUAAAAUGUUUAUGUAUUUGUCGGCGCGAAUGAGUUAUUUAAUUGGUUUGCUCGAGGUCAUGAGCCGAGAUAGUACGAAAAUAGAUGGGGAGUAGUGGGAGACAGAGUGCUAGCGAUAUUAUUUUAUAAGCGACCGCUCGGGUGGUUAGCUCAUUCUUGUCGUGGCGUUCGAUCCGUCCACACCUUUGUUGGAUAAUAUCCUUUAUGGGUUGUAUGGGAUAGGCGGGGAGAGUGACUUGAGUGGUAAAUUGUGUAAGCGAUUAGUGAAGUUAUGCGAAGUGAAUCUAAUGGAAAUGGCAGUGCCGAUGACCAAUGUCAGGUCAGCGGUUCUGCCUGCAAUUAUUUCAAUGAACGGCUUCUCCGUUAUAUUCAUGUCUCGAAUAUGUAAAUAUUAUUUUUUUCAAUCUAGUAGAACGAUAAUGAACAAUUUGUGACGUUUAUUAAAAUGUGUCAACUAGCCUUGCUUCCUUUUUGAGAUAUGUCGUGGUGCGCAUCUUAGGUCUACCGGAGAAGGUAAAUGCCUUCUUUUCGUCUUUGAAGCUUAUGGAACGCUGUCCAGUUAAUAAUAUACUUAAUACGAAAUAGUUAGCACUAGUCACUUGAAUAGAAUUGUUUAAAAUUACAAAUCGAAUAAUUAAAACUAAAAAUAUAUUUUGUUCUGUCGAUUUCGUAAUUACUAUACCUACAUAUAAGUAAAAAAAAUAAUUUAAGUACUAAUGAAACUUUGACUCUUAAAUAGAAUUCCGGAUACUGUGUAUUUAUAAAAUAGAUAGCAUGCAUUUUCGAGCUAUAGAUUUAGUGUACUUUGACAGUAACUGCUAGAGUUUAACUAACGAAAGUAGACUGAAAUUGCCCGCCAAAUUUAAAAAAAUAUUUAAACAAAUUAAAAAAAAUCAUAAUUUGUUUAAAAUUUUUUUUUGUUUGUGAAUACAUUACUAUUACAUUACUAUACUACAUAAUUAUACUAUUAGUGUUAAACUCAGUUGUUCCAAUAUUUGCACUCUAAUUUUCAGAAUUUACUAGGUUUUUUUUUAAUUUGGCUGGCGAUUUUAGUCUCUACUUUCAUCAGCCAAACUCAAAUUUAUAAACUACAUAUGCCGGCCCCAAAUUUUUAAGAAAUAGUGUUAGUGGCCGAUAACAAUUAUUGUCAUGCUUUACAUGUUUGGUCCAUAAAAAUUAUUAUGAAUUGAAAUAUAUCGAACUACCUAAUACAUAUUUUAUAUAGACAGGCAUUAUUUUGAGAGCGCUUAUAAAGGCAAGGCGAAAACUGAUAUUGUUGUUAAUUUAGCAAUGCAACUGUGACUCCUCUGCUGCUAUGCAAGGUAUGUAUUGGCAGAGUAUCAUAAACACAGACAUCUACUGUGCAGUAGUCUGUAUUUAUGAUACUCUGCCAAUGCGUAAAGAAAUAAAUAAAUAUUUCUAUUCUACAUAGUAAUGUAGAGUAGAAAUAUUUAUUUAUUUCUUACAGACUGAUAAUAUCCUCUGAAAAAAUAGAGCUAGACUCCACUAUUACCUAAGGUAAAUCCCUGGACAUCCUUGGCUUAGUGCUAAAGCGGUAGAUAUUAUCAUAAAUGUUUACAGCACUCGCGUCUACUAGCAAAUUAUUGUCUCUACCAAAGACAAAAGAGGCUUCCCACAAGCUUGUGUGUGUUCUAUGUUUGUUUAUCAUGGUGCAAAUAAAUAAUUUCAUGGAAUCUAUUAAUGAAUACAUUCCAAUUCGGAUUCAGAAUAGCAAAAUAAUUCAUUUUUUUGUAUAUUUAUAUUAAUAGCAGAAUUAUUCUGCUGUUACUUGGGUUCUCGGACCAACGACCAAAGACCAAACCCUGGUAACUUUUUAGUUUUCAACUUUAAUUGUCACUAUUAUCUACUUAUUAAUAUUACUGACGUUUCAAAAGUGCUGGUGAACUAAGCCUAGUCGAAAUAAAUGAAUUUUGAAUGGUCCAAAGAAUUUUUCAAGAUAAAAAAGCCUAUAGCUUAGCUUAAUGACCUCUUUUAUUUUCCAGAGAAAGUCCAGUUAUUUUGAAAUCACAGACGGACUCUUCAAUGUUAUUUAUCUAUAUUCAGCAACUAAUAACAUUUGGAGGAUCCUCAGUUUUCUACCUGCCGAAUGAAACACUCUCUAAAACUUAAAAUAAAGAUAUACUUAUUUUAAUAUAAAUAUUAAUAUGAUUUUUAUUAAUAAAGGCUAUUUAUAACCUAUUUUGAGUUUACGCACAACUACAUUGCCACUAUAGAACUUCCAAUAAAUCUUACCAGUUAAUUAUGUACUUAGAUUAGUAAAAAAACAAUUAUAAAAUUAAA